AUGGGCCGUCCACCAUCGCAUUUUCUGCGGCGGCGUCUGCAGGUCCAGCAUCCACUGUGGGAUCGGGUCUUGCGGGUGGACAUGCUUUUCUCGGCCUGGCUUGAAAUGGACUUCGUGAGUAAUGCUGAGAUGAGGAUCAGGGACCAUGCCUUGUGGCACAUCAGGGAGUACCCCGGUGCGACAUUACACACACAGGAAGAUAUUCUACAUCUAUCCGUCAAACAAUACAUCCCUUGGGAUAACCCGGACCCACAACCUGGGUAUGUAACAGUCAUUGGUGCGCACGCCAACGCCUUUGCCAAGGAGCUAUAUGGGCCGCUCCGGGAGGACAUCAUCUGUCAUGCCAAGACUUAUGGGUUCCGCAUCCGAGCUAUUUGGAUCUCUGAUGUAGCUCACCAGGGACAGAGUGCGGUUUUCAACGAGGAUUGGCUUGGAAAUAAUCCCAGUUGGUUCGACCAUUCCCGCGAUCUACUCAACCUAGUCAAUAACAAACGGACGGAUAUGCCACCUCCCAUUGUCGGAAUUGGACAUAGUAUGGGCGGUUCCCAACUGUUCGUUCCCCUGGAAGGAUUCCUGGCAAUCCAGAGAGAGGCUGCAGCCGAGACCUUUAGCCGAAGUCCUAUCUACAAGGCAUGGGACAAACGAGUCUUGCAAAACUGGUUGAAGUAUGGACUUCGAGAUGUUCCGACCCCAUAUCCCUUGGACGAAAGGGCUUCAUAUGACCAAAAGCUCACCGCACUCACUAUAGCUGGGAACAACAUUGCUAACCGCACCAUUUCUCAUCCGGAUGUUGACCCUGCGCUUAUCACUUCAUUCCCAUUUUACCUUCCUGGGCCAUCGCAGCUAUUCGAGCAGCUACCCCACGUACGACCAAGCGUUCUUUAUGUCUUUGCUGAAAAGUCACCUAUGUGCCUACCGGCCCUCUGCGAGGAUAAACUCUAUCAUACAGGCACGGGGAUGGACGGCAGUGGUGGGGUGGCUGCGGGACGUGUUAGGUCUACUUAUCUGGAGGGACUUGGUCAUCUAGUUGCACAGGAAGCUCCGAAUCAAUGUGCUGAAAUGGCGGCCCGCUGGAUCGGUCCUGAAAUUAAGCGCUGGCAGGACAAGAACAGCCUAAUUACUACAGGCAGGAAGCAGAAGAUUUCCACUGAGAAACGCGCUUUAAUUUGA